CGUCGGUGCUGUCGCCUCAACUCCACCACCCCUCCUCCCCACCGGAGAAUCUCCCGCUCCUCCCCCGCUGCACCCUGCGGCCGUCAUCACGGCUACCGCUUAUAUUCUAUCUGCGCUACAAAGCCACACUGCAGCCUCUUCCCUAACUCCUCCACUACCUCCUGUCACCGCUGAGUCAGCCCCGCCGUCAGCAGCGGGUCACACCUCGGCCCCUGAGCCGACACAGACCACUGCUGCCUCGAACAUCUCGUUGUUUCAUUUUUCUCCACCUCCCGUUUUGCCGCGACCCGCAGACGUUCCAGCCUCCGCUGCCCGGUCCACCCCGGCCCCCUCAGCUCCUUCUGCUGUUUCUCUCUGGCCACGCGGUCCCGAGCCGCAGCAGGUCCCGGUUCUGCCUGCCACAAGGGCCGCCACCACUGACCCUGGACCGGAACUUACACAAACGCAGUGUCAGCCACACGUUUCCACACGGUCACAAAACACCGCGCUACUCCCGCCAGCGUCUGGUCCUGUGUAUUCCCCCGAUCCUCUACCAGACCCGGCUGUAAUAUCACCAAGAACUGCCGCUUCGCUGUCAGAUGCCCCCGCGCAUUAUAACCGCGAACAACUGAAACCUGCUUCCCUGCCCUCGGCCGUGCCGCAGCUCCCAGAGGCUUAUCCGCAAGUGCAGCAUCCCGUUCUGCCCCCUGACCGUCCCCUAUCGCAGCUACUGUCAGCCGACACUACAACUACAAGGCCGCCGCUACACCUGGCUACACAAAAGGUACAAAAGGAAGGGGGAAUUUCUAACACAGUAUCUGCAUUAAUAAAUACAGGAGAGACAGUGAACUAUUCUAUGCAUGCAACAGCUAAUCCCCUGACUUUACCACUUCAAAGUGAGAUUGUAAAAUUCGAAGCUCCACUACACAUAAAUUCCCAAGAAUGUUAUGAUGAUAGCCAACUUACAAACUGGCUGGAAGUCAAAAGACAAAUUUGCAAAGAAGAAAACAUAAACCCCCUAGCAAUGCCGGUGUUAUUUAGUCAGCAGGCGGGCGGUCCAAGAACAUGGACAGCUAUUCCACCCCAGGAGAUAAAAGAACUGCGAAAAGCGAUAAAGGACAGUGGCAUUUGCUCUCCAUAUUUUAAACAACUGCUGAAAAGUACACUAGAAGAGCAUACUCUCACGCCCAAUGACUGCAAACAUCUUGCUAGCAUCACCCUUACAGAUUCGCAAUUUAUGCUAUGGGAAUUGAAAUGGAAGAGACUACUCAGAAAUGUAUUGGACAAUUAUAGACGUAGUAAUGAUCCAGAUUUGCGUGCUCUCACCCUGUCAAAGCUCACAGGUGAACCUCCAGAUGACCGAAAUGAAAAAGCUUAUAACCUUAUUAGCCAAGAAGCCUCUGGGCCAUUCACAACAUUUGUGGAUCGUAUAAUUCAAGCUGCUGAACGCCAGUGUGGUGAUGAUAUAGCCCGUCCAAUUAUGAUACGGGACAUUAUCGAAAAUAAUGCUAAUGCCGAAUGUAAGAAGGUGAUCAAAGCCCUGGGAAAAGAAAAGCCAACAGUGCCAGAAAUGAUAGACGCUUGUAACAAAAUAAGAAGUCCACAACAUGUAGCAGCAAUUCAAGCAACUGAAUUAGGGAGAACCUUAGGGGAGAAGCUGGAAAAAGCUCUUUUAGCACAAACAUCACAAGCUGCAGUAAUCGCGGCUCAAGCAGAGGCACGAGAUCAAAAGCUCACUAAAACCCUACUGCACAUCGAAGUCUGCUGAAACCUCCACACCAGCCAGUGACCCUGCAAAAAAGAGCCAAGAAGCAGACGCCCAAGCCUGAUCUACGCAGAAUCUUCAAGAAGAAAGUGAUCUACCAGAAGCAGCUCAAGAAAAAAAAAAA